AUGCAGUUCCCUGGGACUGUUCCCUCUCCCAGGCAGAGCCAUCCAGGCAGUGCCUGGGCUGCCAUUUUGUCAAGCAGAUGUCUCGUUCCCAAGCUGCAAGUGUCCCCCCACGUGCUGCAGUAUGGUGAGUGCCUCCUGAAGGUGCCAUAUGAGAAGAAGUUCCUGAUUAGGAAUCCCAGCCACCUGCCUGGCUGCUACGGGCUCAUUGAACAGAAACGCAAGGAGGACGCUGCUGUGCUCUACUCCAGCCCCAGGCCCUGUGGGAUUGUCCAGCCUCACAGCACUGCAGAGAUCCCAGUGCUGGUGGAAGUGCAGGCGCUGGGCACGCAUCGCACCAAUGUUCUCAUCGGCGUGUUCGGGGAUGAGAGAAACCCACUGAGAAAACAGUUAUGGAGCUCUGGACAGCUGGCAGAAACCUCCCCAAGCCCAAGGCUGAUGGAGUCUGGCAGGAUCCCAGCACUACAGCCCAUAGAUGAGCUUCACCCACCUCAAUUCACUCCCCAUCCACCAAAGGAGAUGAGAACAUGUUUGAAUUGCCCAGCGUCUCGAUGGAGGCACUUCAAGGCUGGAAAGCAGGAGGCAGCCACAGCCCUGACUGAAGAGCAGGAUUUGACCCAGUCUUCAGGAGUAGAGGCUUCCAGUAUCCUGCCAGUGUCAGGUGUGCUGCAGCCAGGAGAGAGCCAGCAGGUCUCCUUGCCCUUCUCUGGCCACCUCAACAGCAUCUCCAGUGCCACGGCGCUGUGCCACGUGGAGGGAGGCCCCAGCUCCGAGGUGCUGGUGCCCGGGGAGGCCUCACGUGCCAGCUGCUCCCCGAGCCCCCAGGAGAUCAGCUGUGGCUCUGGGGCACCUCUCAGGGAGAGAAGGGAGCUGAAGCGGCCGGCUCCAAAGCUUGAGGAGGAGACAAAAGCCUUGGAGGAGGAAGAGAGGCAGAAGGAGAAAGAGAAGCAGAAGAAAGAAAAGAAGGGUGUCUCUGUGGGGAAGGAACCUCCAAAAGCAGAGAAGGGGAAAACCAAACCCCCAGAGAAGAAGGAAAGCAAGGCCCCAGAGAAGAAGGAUACCAAAAUCCCAGAGCGGAUGGAAACCAAAGCCCCAGACAAGAUAGAAACCAAACUCCCAGAAAAGAAAAACAAACAUCCAGAAAAGAAGGAAACUAAAUUCCCAGAGAGGAAGGAAAGCAAGGCCCCAGAGAAGAAGGACACCAAAGCAUUAUUAGAGAAGAAGGAAAAUAAAUUCCUAGAGAAGAAGGAAACCAAAGCUCCAGAGAAGAUUGAAAACAAACUCCCAGAAAAGAAAUACAAACCUCCAGAAAAGAGGGAAUCCAAAUUCCCAGAGAAGAAGGAAACCAAAGCUCCAGAGAAGAUUGAAAACAAACUCCCAGAAAAGAAAUACAAACCUCCAGAAAAGAGGGAAUCCAAAUUCCCAGAGAAGAAGGAAACCAAAGCUCCAGAGAAGAUUGAAAACAAACUACCAGAAAAGAAAUACAAACCUCCAGAAAAGAGGGAAAUCAAAAUCCCAGAGAGGAAGGAAAGCAAAGCACCAGAGAGGAAGGAAGUGAAAAUCCUAAAGAAGGAAAGCAAAUCUCCAGAGAAGAGAAGCAAACCUCCAGAAAAGAAGGAAACCAAAUGCCCAGAGAGGAAGGAAAUCAAAAUCCCAGAGAAGGAAAGCAAGGCACCAAAAAAGAAGGAACCCAAAGCCCCAAAGAAGGGGGAAGCCAAAGUGCCAGAGAAGAGAGAGACCAAAGCCCCAAAGAAGAAGGAACCCAAAGCCCCAAAGAAGGGGGAAGCCAAAGCCUGAAAGAAGGGAGGAACCAAAAUCCCAGAGAACCCAGCUGAGCUGGAGAAGAACUCUUUUUUUUAUUCACACAACUUAUUUUAUACAGUUUGACAAACCUAAUGUGCCACUUUAGUUAGUAGAUUUCUUAUUAUUAGUUAUGCCAGUUAUUCUGUUGGAUAAUAAAAUAUAUUCUACUUGUGCAUCAAA